AGAUAUUAUUUAUAGGCACGGAUUAGAAAGAACUCCGUCAUAUGUUCUUGGGCACAGCUCUAGUACUACCAGAGUGCUUCUUCUUGCAAGUUCUAGUGCAAUAAUCAGGGUCCACAGGCACAACCAUUCCAAUGGAGUCAUAUUGACAAUUUGGGUAUCUGUGUUUUUCCCAUGAUCGGGGCUGCAAGACGUUGUCCCCUUUGGAUUCUCUCUUCUUCGCCCAACAGUAAGCACAAGCAGCAUCUCUCUCUCUCUCUCUCAAACCUAACACUACCCUUCUCGAGACUUGCCAUUUUAGACAAACUACAGAAAGGUUUCCCAUCCUUUUUCUCUCUGCCUUUCCUUCCCAGUCCCUGACACCUCUUUUGAUCCCAUACAGAGAGCUGUAGCAAUGGUGUAAAUGACUAUAAGGAGAGACAGCCACGUGAUAAACCAGAAAGAACCCCAAAAUGCUUACUAUUUAAGGAACGGCUCUGUUGCGCGUGAAGGCCACAAGACAAAUGCCCUAUUGGUUUGCACGUAAACAAGCCUGUUCACACACAUACACUUGAGUUUUACACUCCCCUGGUAUAUAUCAUCUCUCACAACUGGCUAGCUCCAAAAACUCCCUUCCUUUUCACCCACCAUGCCUGAAGAGUACUGGGAGAGAUGCUAAAAUUUCUCUCUAUUGUCUUUGUUUUUAUCGGAUUGCUAGGUAGCGCAGUGUUCAUCGCUAGUGCUUCCACUGACACAAUCAUAUCUUCUCCUUCACCACGUGCUCUUGCCUUUUCUUAACGGGUAUCUAAAGCCCAUAGCCUUCUUUGCUCUAUAAUUCACUACAUUUGCAUUCCUGUCUAUUAAUCUAACCAAUCGAUCUUACAGUUUUCCUUAAAGGGUUGUUCAUUGUUUCUGUUAUGCAAGGCGAAUCCUCAGUAGCUAACCAAUCUGUCUUACAUUUUUGUACUACCAAUGACUAGAAAGCUGGCCCAGUCUUUCAUUUCUAAAAAUGGGUUGUUUUGGUUCUUUCUUUUGGUGGUGAAUAAUUAGUUUGAAGUGAUUUUAGUCUUCAAUGGGUUCAAUUCUUCGGUUCAGAAAGCUAUGUUAUGUAGAGCCUGUGAAAUUUGAGUCCUUUCAACCCCAAAAAAUUGACAAGAAAGAAGAAACUGUUGCCACCGAGGCCAAAACUACCUUAGAAAAAAACGAGAAGAGGAAUAAAAGGCAGCCAAAGGAAUGGAGCUGUAUAAACUCAUGUUGUUGGGCAAUUGGGUACUUGUGCACUACCUGGUGGCUUCUUUUGGUCUUGUUUAACUGCAUGCCAGCUACAUUUCCAGGCUUUCAGGUCCUUGAAUCACCUGGAACAAGACUUAAACUUGAAGGCUUGACAGCUCUUCAUCCAGUUGUUUUGGUGCCUGGCAUUGUCACUGGAGGGCUAGAGCUGUGGGAGGGCAAGCCUUGUGCAGAAGGUCUUUUCCGAAAGCGACUCUGGGGUGGUAGCUUUACUGAGGUUUUAAAAAGGCCAUUGUGUUUGCUGGAGCAUCUGGCUUUGCACAAUGAGACUGGUCUUGACCCUCCAGGCAUUCGACUACGUGCAGUGCCAGGGCUGGUUGCAGCUGACUAUUUUGCUCCAGGGUACUUUGUUUGGGCUGUACUCAUUGAGAAUUUAGCAAAAAUUGGUUAUGAAGGGAAGAAUAUGCACAUGGCAGCGUAUGAUUGGAGACUUUCUUUUCAAAAUACAGAGAUUCGGGACCAGACACUAAGUAGAUUGAAGAGUCAAAUAGAGCUUAUGUAUGUAACAAAUGGCUAUAUGAAAGUGGUAGUGGUGCCCCAUUCCAUGGGGGUUAUCUAUUUUCUUCACUUCCUUAAGUGGGUUGAAACACCUCCUCCUAUGGGAGGCGGUGGUGGUCCAGGUUGGUGUGCAAAGCACAUAAAGGCAAUCAUGAAUAUUGGUCCAGUAUUCCUUGGUGUACCUAAGGCAGUCAGUAAUCUGUUCUCUGCCGAAGCCAAAGACGUGGCAUCUAUAAGAGCUAUGGAUCCUGGUGUUUUGGAUUCUGAGAUUCUCAGACUUCAAGCCUUGGAGCAUGUCAUGCGGGUGACUCGAACAUGGGAUUCAAUAGCAUCAUUGUUACCUAAAGGAGGAGAGACUAUCUGGGGUAAUUUGGAUUGGUCUGCUGAAGAGGGGCAUGCUUGUGAUUUAUCAAAGAAAAGAUACUCGCAAGCUUCUGCAGGUGACAAGGAUACAAAUGACAGUGAUGUGAAGAUGGGUUUUCACGUGAAAGAAUCAAAGUACGGAAGGAUCAUUUCUUUCGGGAAGGAAACAUUGCAGUUAUCAUCCUCACAGCUUCCCUCUGUUGAUACAAAGGAAUUUUUGGGCACAAGAACCAACAAGAACACUAACUCAGCAUGUGGAGGAGAGGUUUGGACUGAAUAUGAUGAGAUGUGCAGGGAAACCAUCCGAAAAAUUGCAGAAAAUAAACCCUAUACAGCUAGAACUGUUCUUGAUUUACUCCGCUUUGUGGCUCCGAAAAUGAUGCAACGUGUUGAGAGUCAUUUAUCUUAUGGGAUAGCUGACAAUCUUGAUGAUCCUAAAUAUACUCGUUACAAGUACUGGUCUAACCCACUAGAGACCAAGUUACCUGAUGCACCAGAUAUUGAGAUAUACUGCUCAUAUGGUGUUGGAAUCCCCACCGAAAGAUCAUAUAUCUACAAGCUAUCACCAAAUGAUAAGUGCAAGAGCAUUCCAUUCCGGAUUGAUAGCUCAGUUGAUGGAGAUGAAGACAGUUGCUUGAGAGGUGGAGUAUACUUAACUGAUGGUGAUGAGACUGUGCCAGUAAUAAGUGCUGGUUUCAUGUGUGCGAAGGGGUGGAGAGGAAGAACCCGGUUCAAUCCAUCUGGCAUCGCCACACACAUAAGGGAAUAUCAGCACAAGCCACCAGCUAGCCUCCUGGAGGGAAGGGGUCUGGAGAGUGGAGCACAUGUGGACAUUUUGGGAAAUUUUGCUCUAAUUGAAGAUGUUCUUAGAGUUGCUGCUGGGGCCACUGGUGCCGAAAUUGGAGGUGAUAGAGUUUAUUCCGACAUCUUCAGGAUGUCUGACAGAAUAAAUCUUCGGCUAUGAUCAUGUUGCACGUAUUGACACCGCCAAAAUUCACCAUAACGCAGAGAGUUUGCCACAAGGCUCGGAGAGAGCACUAACGCAGAAAGUUGAUUGUAGAACUCUUCAAACCUAAUUAUUGGUGCAUUGACUGGAUUAUUUGUAAGAUCAUGAUGUAUGGAUAUUUUAUUUAAUGUGAAUUAUUACAAUCAA